AUUAUUUUUUAAUUGUAAUUUGUGCUUGUUCUGUAUUUUCUCAGUUAAAAGUCAAAAGGAAAAUCCUUCAUAUAGUAUAAAUAAGACAAAGAUGUCAAAUAUAAUGAUCAUUACACCUAAACAUACUUGAGGAAAUUCCAAAAAUAAAGCUGUUGAAGAAAUCUUAUUUAUUUGACAGCUACUGGAAAAAGUGUGCCAGCCAUUUUUGGAAUAUUACGUGAGGAGAGUGGAAAAACAGGAGGGUGUUUUAUACCAAAAUAAUUCCCAAUUUGCCUGUACGUUCCUUUUCAUUUUCAGAAUAAUAUAUACAAUGUGUGAUAAUAUGUAACAGUUAAUAUUUGGAAUUUAUUUUUAAAUAAUCACUUGAGUUGAUGCAAAGGCUAAGUAGUUAAUCUCAGAUCCAUAAAAGAUGAUAUAUAGCAACCAAUGUAAAUGUUGGCAUUUUCUUCUGGGAUAGUUUUUAAUCACAGUUUAAUACAUAAUUGUGUAUUAGUGAAGUAAGUUCUGACAUGUGUAAAUUCCCUGAAACCAUUUAUAUAUUAGCUGUUGAACUCUGCCACUAAACAUUAAAAUGCUACAAUUUCUUAAUGUUAGAAAUUGUUCAAAGUUUGUCUGUCUAAAAUAAAAAUAUGCAAUUGUUUAUAAUAUGUCCAAAUGUCAAUGCUUAGGUAAUUAAUUGAUACAGAAAAUAAAACUAUGGUGUUAAUUAUUAUAUAAAAUAAUUCAUAGUUUGCUCACUGUGCUUUUUAGUAUUUGGAAGGGGCAUAAUUCUCAGAUAUGAUGACAUCAAUAACAUUUUACAUAAUCCUUGGAAAAAAACUACAAAAAAAAAAAACCCUCUGCUGGCACAAAUAUCUUUUUCACUUGCUACCUUUAAAAUAGAGAAACUGAGAGUCUUCUAAAGAGUUUCUCAGUCAGUGGCUGAGGCUUUUAUAUCGACUGAACUUAGUGGUUGGGAGAUUAUUAUUAGGUCAAUACGUGUUCCUGUUUGAAGAUUAUUCUUUGGCAAGUUUCACACUUGGUUAUCAGUCCAUUUCUGCAGUAAAUUCUGACUGAACAAAGAGGUGAAAUUAGCAUGUAAAUUGUCUUGUAAGCAAAAUGCAUAUAUCAAAAUGAUUUUUGAUUCCUGUUGCUACUGCUUUCUCUUUAGUCGCAUGUUGGGCAUUGCAGAUAUGUAUGGGCUAGAUGGGCUGAAAGAAGUAGCUAUCUACAUUUUGAAAAGAGAUUACUGCAAUUUUUUCCAAAAGCCUGUUCCUGGAAAACAGCAACCUGUACUAGAGUGCAUGGCUAUUGCUUAUUCAUUGGGAGUGGAAAACCUAUAUGCUGCUUGCAUGAAAGGCAUCAUUUAUGCUAACAAGUGAAGAUGGAACAUUUUUCAUCUUCCUUACCUAAGAAAGGCUCUCUUUUCAACAGAUGGGUAGGAAAACAUUUUGCAAAAUGUUUGUCAGAGAGAAGCUUUGCCGGUUUACCUACUGAACUUCAAAACAACUGUCUUGUUAUGUUGAUUAACUCUUUGAACAAGAAGAAUGCUGCUUUCCUUUUGAUGGAGAGUGACCGGCUGAUCAAUAGUCUUCCCCAAGUGAAAUGGACAGAGACAGCUGUGGCCUUGGCAUCUAGGCUACAAGAAGAAUGUGUAACAUUUAUUGUGGCAAACUUCCUACAUGUAGUACAAAGUGAAGGCUUCUCUAUUUUGUUGCAGGCACAGGCGAUGAGCAGCAAACCUGACCUUCUAGAACUAAUUUUUAAUGCAAUUGAAAAAAGUAUUAAUAAUGAAAAUAGCUGCUUGCUUCUUGUAGCUGUGGAUACAUUGUUGGACUCCACAAAUGUGAAGGAGAUGGGGUUUACGUGCAAGAUCCAGGCUCUGCGUGAUAAGCUCUGGGUCUUCCUGGUUCAGUCUUUUUAUGCUGUUCGUCACACAGAAAGCUGGAAGCUGAUGAGGCCAGACCAUCAACAUAAAAUACAAGCAGCUGCAUUUGACAAGGGUGAUGACCGAAGACUUGGUAAAAAACCUGUAUUCACUAGUUCUCAGCUAAACAAAUCUAUUACCGAAUCUGUUGUUAUAAGGAAUACUUCCUGGACAGAACACAGCAAGAAAGAUUGCUGGGGAGAUUCUUCCACUAAUCAGGAUAAAAUGAAAUCUGAUGGAUUAGGAGCAUCUGGACAUACAUCCAGCACCAAUAGAAACACUGUUAAUAAGGCUUCAAAGCAUGAGGAUGUUAAGGGGAAAGAUGGCAAAAAAAUGGUUUCCAAGAUUACUAAGGAUUCAAAACCUGGGGAAAAAGCCUCUUCACCAAAGGCUAGAGCUGUUAUAAAGACAAAAAUAGAAAAUAAUGGAAAUGUGAAGGCUGAAAGCAUGCUUACCAAGCAAGAUAUAGAAAAGACACCAUCUGCAAGUGGACAAAAAAAUUCCGGAAGUGGCAAAGGACUAAAGAACCAUGAAGGAAAAAUUGCAGGUGCCAGACCUAAAGUGCUGACAGUAACAUCAAGCAUGCAGAUCAAAACAAAACCAUUGAAAAAACCUACAGGGAAGGAAUCUCCCUCCUUAGUGACUGUUGCAGGAACUUCCAGCAAGUCAGCAAACUCAAACAUAGAUAUCCAGACUGCCAGUGAACAGGCAGAGGAACUCAAAGAGGAUAAACUGGUAGAGGAAGGGAAAAAACAGACUGUAAAAACAAAGCCAUCUGUGAAGACACCAAAUGGAGUCACUAACAAAAAAAAAAAGACUGAGCUUGAGGCUAAUGUCACAACAAGCAGUCUUACAAAAAAAUCAACUGGAAAAGGGUGUAAUGAACAAAAUGUACAAGCUGUUCUAAAGAAAAAAGUGAAUGUGAGUAGCAAUUCUGCAGCACAGCAAAAGGCUCAAAACACACCUACCAAUUCUCCCAAGAACCAAGGACCUCAGGGAGAAUCACCAAAUUCACUGAAAUCAGGAAUGUCUCCAAAACAUAAUGAAGAAAAAAAUGUGUUGCAACAUCUGGUUCAGACAACACUCCCAGAAAAACAUCCUUCAGCCAAGAAGAGGAGCAUUAAGCAGUCACAAACACCUGUAGCAAAAGCCACCGCAAAAGUAACACCUAAAACUUUGGUUCCAUCAAAGCAUGCCGAGAUGAUGAAUAACAAAGAUCCAAAACAAAAAAUGGCUGGGCAAUCUGUAUUAAAAUCUCAGUCCUCUGCCCAAAAAUAUUCAAGGAGUGAAUCUCCUGUUGUCCAGAAGAAUGUGCACACCUCUGAGCACAGAAAUUCAGGACAGAAACUUGAAAAAAACAUGGCUGAUGCUGUGGCAGGUCAGCUUCAUGACAGUAAUGAAUGCUAUUCUGCAAAGCAAAGUGAAUCUUUAAAAUCUGUGAUGGAAAGUAGCAGUGAAGAUAAACUGCUGGCAUCCUGUCAACCCAAUAAACAAAAAUUAUCAGAUCCUUCUGAAAACGUGGAAUACAAAAUACAAUCCGAAUCUUCUUCUCCUCUAAUUACAGAAGAAACUAUUUCUAAACCGCAAAUUUCACUGCAAAAUGAAAUGGAAGCAAGACAAAUCUGUGGAGGUCAGACUGGAAUUAAACAGAUUGAAGAUACAGAGAAAGAUGAUAAUGCAGCUGAAUUUCACUGUCAUGCACAGCCUUCCAGUGAUGGAUACUCAGACUUUUCCAAGGAAACGAAUCAAAAGGCUACUGCUUCAGGAGAACUGGUGAAACAUUCAAAAGCAACUGAAGUCUGUACUGAGCAAAGUGAUAAAUUAAACUCUGAAACAGACCUUAACUACAGUGAAAAUGCUUUACCAAGCUUUUCCAGAACGAUAACCAAUAAAGAGGAUGAGACAUCUCCUCAGAUUCAUAUGGAGGGAUUUCUUACAGCUGAUGAGCUGCAUGAUACAUCAGCCUUGACUGAAUACAAAUCAGUUACAGCAGAUUUAGAUGAUGUUUCGGAAUGUUCUACAGAACAAAUAACAGAAAAAUGUUCACCUAGUUACACAGAGCCUAUAGAUCCUACAGAAAUGCCAGAAAACCAGGAAAAUGCAGAAAUUCCCUUCGUGGACCACUGGAGUACUGGUGCACUAGAUCCAAAAGAGAGUCCUGAGUCAGAUACUGGCAGUGCAACCACAUCCUCUGAUGAUAUAAAACCAAGAUCAGAAGAUUAUGAUGCUGGAGGCUCUCAGGAUGAUGAAGGAUCCAAUGAAAGAGGGAUUUCUAAAUGCAGCACUAUGUUAUGCCACGAUUUUCUUGGAAGAAGCAGCAGUGACACAAGUACACCUGAGGAAUUAAAAAUUUAUGACAGCAGCCUAAGAAUAGAAGUGAAAAUGAAAAAAGAGGGUUCUGAUCUCUUCCGUGUUAAUUCAACGAGUGAUGAUGAAAUACCAAGAAAAAGACCUGAAAUUUGGUCCCAUCAAGAAAGUGCAAGGACCAAUACUAGAGAAAGCAAAAGUUCUACUUUUGGUAAUGCACAGUUUACUCAGGAAGCAGACCAAGUUUCUUCUUCUGCUGAUGAAACAGAAGAUGACAGAUCUGAAGCAGAGAAUGUUGCAGAAAACUUUCUUCCAUCAAAUGUUCCUACUCAACAGUUCCAAGGAAUUGAUAAUUUAGCUUUUGAAGAUGCAACAGAAAAUGAUACUGCAAGUCAAGAGUUUUCUAAAACUAAAAAUUUCAAACGUUCUGUUUUACUUUCAGUAGAUGAAUGCGAAGAAUUGGGAUCUGAUGAUAAAGUGGAAACUCACACUUCACAUCAGCAUUCAAUAGAUUCUCUUACUCCUUCAGAAGUAUUUGACAGUGUUUCUCAAGAGCACCAUGGAAAGACUUUUUAUUCAAGAUACUCACUGGAAAUUGAAGAUGGAUUCCUAGACUGCAAACAGCAUAAGGAUGGAGACAAUAGAUCAGAUAAAACUGAAAGUUCUCUCCUACAUCUUCAUGGCACUGAAAUCCCAGGGAAGGAGAAUCAAGGUGCUUCAAUGACUGAACAAAAUUGCCCAGAGAAAGUAUAUUCAGCAGCUAGUCCAUGUACAGGAGAAAAACAAAAAGUAAAUACGAAGAACGAGGUGGCUAGUGAAUUUCACCAGUGCAAUAAAUACUUAGACAAUGAUGCAAAAUCUCAAGAAAGACCAUGUCAUUUGGAUCUUCAUCAGAGAGAAACUAAUUCUGAUGUGCAAAAGAGCAGCUCUGCAAAACCUGUAGAAGCCAGUAAGAAUCAGAUACUGACUCAGGAAGGUCAAGUGAGAGACAGUCAACCAGCAACUACUGAAUGCGCUAAUACUGAUUUACUUCCAGGAGACAUAGAUGAUUAUGACACAAUGGCACAAACCUGCAUGUAUGAGCAUCGGCCUUCAAAAACCCUUUCUCCAAUAUAUGAGAUGGAUGUUGGAGAAGCAAUUGAGCAGAGGAUGGAUUCAGAAACAGCAGUUCUAGAUGUGGAUUUUGAAGAUCAGCAGUUUGCAGAACAGGACUGGACUCUUCUCAGGCAAUUGUUAUCUGAGCAGGACUCAAAUAUAGGUUUCAAAAACUCUGUUCCUGAAGACCUUAACUUAGCACAAUGUCUUAUUAAUCAGACACUGUUUCUGGCACGAGAUGGUUCGAAUCCUCAGGGUACAUCACAAGUUGACACAUUCAGUAGGUGGACUGAACUAAUGUCUCCACUUGAUGAUUCUUCAGCAAGCAUUACAGUGGCAAGCUUUUCAUCUGAAGACUGUUCGUCCCCUCAAGGGGAAUGGACAAUUCUUGAACUGGAAACCCAUCAUUAAGGUGAUCAACUGUUUGCAGCUGAACUCCAACCCAUUCCCCAAAUCUAUUUUUGAUGAGUUGUUUCCAAACAGUAAUGAAAUACUGCAUCAGUCAAGAACAAGCAAUUCUUGAUACUGAGGCAAUCUUUCUGAUAUAAUGAGGUAAAUAUGUUAAUUUAUAAUCUAGAUUUAAUCACAAGUACAAUAAUUUUUCAAGACUUACAUGUAUGUCUUUUCUAAAAAUGAACUUUGAGCAUGUAUUUUCUAGAAUUGUUAGAAAAAUUAGAUGACAUGAAAGAAAAAUCUCAGUUUCCACUCUCCGUUUUAUCUUCCUUUCUGACAUUUAAUACUCUCAUUGAGCAAGAAUUUAAAGAUGACUGCACAAUUAGCAGAGCUAUUCCCCUCUCUUCUUUCCCCAUCUCUAUAUGGUGACUUCAUUUUACAACAAUAAAGAUUCAGAAUGGUUGUGUUGAAAGGUGAUGUGUGCCAACGCUGCUUUAAAUGAUGGAAAUACAUACUUACAUUCAAAGAAAACAUUUCAAUAUGAAUUUGCCUUGGGCCUGAUUAAUAUGAGCAGCUUGUUUCAUCUCUUUCUUCCAGAUUUGGUUUUUGUAUUUGGUUUGUUUUGUUUAGAAUUUCCCAAUAAAUUUUUUAAAUUGUCUUUCCUUUAAGACUUCUGAGGGUCUGUGCUAUAGGAAAAGCACUGUUUCUUUCUUGGAAAUGCACAUAUUUAAGUAAAUAUUUUUAAUGGCAUAGUGCAUGAAUUCAGAGGAGUUGAUAGAAUGCUGCUCCUGUUCUAAAAAACAGUAUGUCUGAUACCUUCAGAAGUAUAUCUCAGUCUGAAGUCAUGGUCAGUGUUACAUCAGAAGUCUGAUGUUGACUAGAAUUGCCUUCAGGCUUCAAUUCAUUAUACUUGCACCCUUCUGAUGCUGUCUGAGGCAUAGCAAGAUUCUCAGGAAUUUCGUUUUGUUUGUUCUCAUAGAUGCUACAUUUUUGGAGGGGUAACGGGAUUCUUGCAUCUUCAUUAAUACCUCUAGUGUAGCUUUUAUAUUGAGACUAAAUGUCAACAUAACUAUUCUUCUGACUAAGAGUAAAAUAGGAUAUACUCAGUACUGCUCAUUAUGCUGCUUUUGGCUAUUAAUUUGGCUGUGAAUAGGACUGUUUAUUGUCUUUUCUGAUUUGAUGGGGGAGGAAGCGAGUAAGAAACUAUUUGUAAUUCUUACCAAGUCAAGCUCCUCCUGAAACAUAUAGGGUUUUUUCCCUGCAAAGGUUAGGCCCUCUUAAGAUAUCUGCAUUAUGGAAAUAGUAGGGCUUGUCUUUCACACAGCUUAAAAUCCAAACAGGAGGUAUUCUACCAUCUCUUAGUCAUUAACAGAAGUGCCUUCAGAGGUGGGUGCCAUAUGGCAGUAAAAGGCUACGAACAGGUGGGGGUUUUUGUUAAAACUAUUUAAGAUAAGUGCACAACUUAAGCUGGCUGUAACCACUGAUAAUAUGGUCAGUUUUGCAAGCUUUUGCACAAUUCCAACAGUGCACCUUGAUUUUCUUUAGAAGCUUCAUUUCUUUUUAUCCAUAGUCAGAAACUCUUCAGUUCUGUGGAAAUAUGAAGUUGCCCCAGCAUAUGACUAAACAAGUUAUAGCUUGUCUUAUCUUUGGACUUGACAUAAUAAAGAGCUCUGAGGCAAAAUAAUUUAUCUAGAAAGCCACUUUGUUGAACUUCUGAUACAGAAGUGAUGUUUUAUUUUCCCAAAAAUAAAUGGAGGAAGAAUUUUAUCUCAUUCUUUAAUAUCAAGCCAGGAAAAAAAAAGGAAAGCCUUCCUUUCUCUCUGUGUCAGUGCAGGAGCAGGACUCUAAAUUCAGCGAAGGAAGAUGUUCAGUCUCAUAAUAAAAAUCUUUCCCCUAGUCUUUUAGCUUUUAGCAGCAUAAAUAGUUUGAGAUAUUAUAAUUCAAAGUAUUGUAAAUGUAAUAUGCUGUAUUUACCCCAGUCUUCAUAUUGAGGGAGUUAGAAGAACCUUUAAAAGCAUAAAUCAUCAAGAAAACCUCUUUUUCACCUUCAAGUUUACAAGGUAUAGCGAUAGUGGAUAAUCUUUUGGAUAAAUGAAAGAACUAUAGUAUUAGCCAUAGUAAAAGAUGAAACUCUAUAGAAGCUCUCACAGAAGGCUUGAGGAAUGGUGUUUUCUCAAUUUCUAUGUAAGAGACUAAAGUAAAAGUUAUUUACAACAAAGUUUAAUCAACUUUAAAAUCCUGAUGAUGUUCUGGUAGUUGGCAUUCACAUGUUAACAUCACAUCAUGGAAAGGAGAAGGUAAAAGAUUAGGAAAAGUAACAGAAAGCAAAAGAAGGGUUCCUUUUGUCUAUUUUUUUGCUUUACCCAGAUUUUUAACUUCUUACUGAAUUGAAAAAGUAACACUGAAAAGCGGCACACAAAGUUCCAUGUUUGUCAUGUGAAAUAAAAUCAUGUAUAGGGGUUUUUUAAUUGUUUCUUUUCUUUGCAUUUACUUUUCCAGUUGUAUGAAAAUUUAAUUAGCUUCUCUCUUCAAGUCCCCAAUGAUGUUGUUGCAAUUCCGUUAAUAGUUUUGCAGUAGACCAGUGAUUAAGAUUUGGUAUAUUGUUCAGCUGGUAUGUAUGCAGCCAUAAAAUUCAGCUUCCCACAGCCCAAUAGUCUCUGUAGAAAUAGCAGGAAUAGAAAGCGGUAUUGUUUUUAAUUCGUGUUACCAGAGUGCCUGUGAGGCUUAAUCAGCCCAGCAUCCCACUGGCUAGACAUUGUACAAACACAGAACAAAACCAAAGACUUCCCACAGAGUGGUUAUAAUCCAAGUUAAGACAAAAGACAAAAAAAAAAAAGGAUGGAAAAGUAAAAUGAGAGUGUCAAUAUUUGUCUAGCUGAUUAGCAAUGGUUUCAGCACACCAUCAGUUUAAAUAUUGUCAUUUUUUUCUUCUGUAUGCAUUACGAGGAGGGGAAAGCAGAGGGUGAGAUUUGGAGGGUGGGUAAUAAGGGAGCUGUAAGAAUCUAUAUUCCUGACCAGCCCUGUGUGCCAUCUAAACUCUGCUCCUGUUUGACCUUGUUUAGUAGUCCCUCCUUAUUCAGGAGGAUGUUCAAACUUCAAGUAAGUGUAGGUGGCUAUCUGUUUAAUAGUAUCAGUCAUCUGAGUUCUCUGGAGUCCUGCUCAUGCUUCCUGACAGUGAUUUUGCCAGUGUAUUGGCCUCUUCUCUAAAACAUGAGAGAAUGGACAAAGGUUUGUUUGAAAACUUCAUAUAUAAACAACCAAAAGCUAGUGUCGUGGGCUCCAAGUGAAUAGUGAUUAAGAGGUCCUGAAUGACCUCUAAAGUAAAGGCAAGGUAUGUAUAUCUGAUGAAACAGUGAAGAAACUAAAGAAAAAGAUGGCAUAGUCAAAAUAAUGUUUAAGAAUUUACCUUUGCAGUGGUAUUUUGAAUGAGUAAGAGCAUAAAAUUGCUUUGUCAAAGCCUGAGAAGGCAAUGUUGCAGUCAACAGGUGAUACUGACAGCUUACAUGAGACUGUUAUGUGAAUGGGUAAAGAUGUCUGUAUCCUACAGGUAGUAACGAGAAAUUUAGUGAAAUAUCAGUGAAAUUUAAAGAAGACUCAGAAAUCUGAGUUUAAGAUAGUGACCCUGGUUUUGCCUACCUUGAAUGACAUGUUAUAAAAGUGAAAAAUAAGGAGGGACGUUUUAUGUGUAUGGAUGUAUUAAGUUUAAAAUAGGCUAGACCUCCAAAGGGUGAUGUCACUAGGCAUAACUACCUUUUUUGCUUGGAAAAUUAAGAGUCUAGUCUGGAAUGGAGAAGCCAUUCUGCAGGUUUUUCACAUACAGAUGCUAGCUAAAAUAGUAUUUGUGGAAUAAAUCACCAAAAGACAUAUUGUGGAGGGAAAAGAUUAGGAAAUGGAGGCCCAAAUACUUGGAACCCUACAGUAAACUGAGGAAAGUGGAGGUUCUUCCAAAUGAUCUGCUCAAAAAAACAAUUAGGGAAACAAAGAACAUAAACAAAGAUGGUGACAGGAGUCAAAUGAAGAUGACAGGAUAUAAGGAAAAAUGCACUAUAUUUAGCUUCAUUGAAGAUGGCCCACAAGACAGAUGAGUAGAAAAUAGCAGUUUUGAGACUGGUUAAGAACAUGUUCUUAGGGACUGUGAUCAAAAUGAGAUAUUGGCGUCCUCAGAAUGAAAGGCAGGCAGAUGUCAGUUUGGUAGAGUAUGACAGAAUUGCAGGAAGGAAACUGAGCUUAGUCAUUAAGAGAGAGGCAACAGUUAGAAAAGCAUGUCAGUUAACAAUAUAUUUUGGUUUGUUUUUUAAAGGCAUAAGCUUAUACCAUAUUUAUAUACUGUGGCAAAAGAGAUGAGGAGACAGACCUAAAGUGAAGAUCAGGAGAGAUUAAGUAUGCAUGAAAUGAGAUCAGCGGGCAGUCUGGGCUGCUACCACAAGUGAUCAGAUAAGAGCAUAAGAAAAGACAAACAUCUGCUUUUGUGGUAGGGGUAGUGGAAAGGACACUCCAUUCAUUUUUCCUCUUAGAAAAACUUGCUGUAGAAUAAUAAAAUUACAGAAAAAUUGCAGAAAACCCACGGAACUACAGAAAAACACAGGCUUGAAGGGACCUUCAAAGGUCUCCAGUCUAACCUGCUAAAAGCAGGGGGUAAGUUCAAAGUUAGAUCAGGUUGUUAGGGCCUUGCCUUAUCAAGGUCCAUAGCACGUAAAACAGUAAUAAAGUCAGCAGGCAGGAUACACAGUGCUCACGGGAAAUAGUUAUUUGAGAUAAAAAUAUUCUCAUUCUAAUAAAACUACUUUGGCAUUGUUGGAAAAUAUUAGUAAUGAAGUACAAGAAAUAUGGCUUGCUUAGCAAUAAUUUUAAGUUCUGGAUGAUAUGUGACUGAACUGUACACGUUUAAUAAUCUUAUUCCACACUUUUUAAGGUUUUAAAUUAUUUCAAAGUUACACUGACUUUUUGAGUUUGCAAAUUUUAUUAUUGUUUUGGAGGAACUAGUGGGCAAGAGAACUUCCCAUAUUUCUCACAAAGACUGUCUACAGGAUCUGUUCCCCUAGCAUUGUCUAUCUCAGUUUCUUUCAGGGAAUAUGUACAAGAAAAAUUAAGGCACCUGUUCUAGGUACAGAUUGUAGGAGACUAUUUUAAAACUUUGAAUAUAUAUUAUUGCCAUCUGAAAAAUAAUUAGCAGCAUGCUUGUUGCACUUUGCUCCAGAAAAUCUAAACCUUUGCAUGAAGGAAUUAAGAACUGCUAUUAUGUUGUUCAUCUGUUGCUCAGAACAAAGACAUUUAAGAAGUCAUUAUUUUGCUUCCACUAAUGUCAAAAGAAAAACUCCUGUUGACCUCAGCUGAAGCAGGUUCAGGGCUUACCUAUAUUAAAUGCAUGUACUAGAAAUGCUAUUUUUCCAAUAUAUCUAUUUCAUAGUUUUCUAGUUUUACUCUACUAAUAACAUUGUACAGUUGUAGAUGUGACAAAUUGCAGCUAGAAAGACUUCAAUUUAGGAGUCAUAAUUGUAUGCAUUCUGUUAAUAUUUCAUGACUGGGAUGAUUUAACAUUUGUACAUUGAUAGAUGAUAUUCUUGCUAGGACUGCACAGGAAUUGAGGACAAAAGACAGAAUGAGAAGUAGCAGCUUUGUUAAAAUGGAUGAUUCCACGCAAAUGGGCUUUGAGAUUUGAAAUCCAGUGUAAUUAGAAGCAUUCAUCUCUUGCAGAAAAUCCAUACUGGUUUUCAGCCCUAUCUCUUGAACACAAGCUAUAUGUGCUAUUUUGGAAAAAUAAGCUUUAAUGUGUGCAAUUUUGCAAAAAAAUUACAGCUCAAAUCUAUUCUUUGGCUAAUUUAAAACCAAGCCUCCUAUUGACAACUACUACACAUGUUUAAGGAAACUAAACCUAUAACAGAGGAAAGUGAUUUAUAUAAAAAGUGGCUAUCAGUUGGGAAAAAAUACUGGGUUUGGUAAUUUUUUUUUUUUUUACCUUUGGUAACUAGUAACUGAAGAAGCUAUACAGUCCAUGCUUGCACACACACCUGUUUAUUUCUUGCAUUUGACCCUCAUUUUAUACUUAGCUUUGCAGUCAAUACUGUGUGGUCAGUUAGGCCACAGUUCUGCGAACAUGGGAACAAAUCCACUCAAACAUUUGCGGAUUGGCUUUCAGGUUAACAUUCACUUUUCAGAAAGGGUAAUGGAACUGGCACUGGGGGCAGGCACUGUGCAUACUUGUGUUUUCAUUUGGUACUCAAUGAGGUUCUAAUCCUGAUGAACCAUCUGCACACAGUUAAAGUAUGAAAUAAUUAAUAACGGAAUUCCAUUAAGUUGCUUCCCUAUUCUCCUUGAUUUAUCGCUGAAGUUCCCAGCUCAGAAGACUGUUCCAUUAGAGAAAUCAAAGUCCUAAAAAGUCUAACUUUUUGCAUUACAUGCAACAGAAGAUCUUUCGCUAUUGCAUAGUAAAAUAUGAAUACUGAUCAGAUCUUCAGUAACUGAAGCCUCAAUAUUUGGGGGGGGUUGACUCAGUAACUAGAUAUAUUUAACAAGGACAUUGAUGGUCAAAAUAGUUUUUGUAUGUUAACAGAAGAUGACUUAACAGGAUUAGAGUAAGUGCAUAUUAUGGUGAACCUCAACAGAGGCUCACAUGUACAAAUCUGGGGACUGAGCCCCGGUAGUAAAAAAAGUGGUAUAAAACCCAUCAGGUUUUAUAUUUAUGCAUGCAAGUAAAAGUGACUUGUUUUUUUCUCAACUCCCACUGAAAUAAGUGAGCAGCAUCCAAUCUACAUUUAUAAAAAUCAGGAUAUUUUUAAGUGUCUGAACAGAAAGACUGGUAACCCAAGUAAAAAUUUUGGCUCAUGUAACUUACUUUCUAACUGUAUGAGCCAGUUUUGAGACUGAUCUCACCAAAUGACUUUAAUCUACAGCAUCCUCGUUUAUGCAAUCCUUAUUUAGUCAUUUGUGUGAUUUUCUUGCACUUGUGUUUAAUGGAAUCAUUUUAGUUCUUCGCUUCUUUUUUUAUAACCCUCUUUUGAGAGUGGCAUGGCAUCCUGCCUCUCAGUAGAAUUGUAUCAAUGUGCUUAAGAUCAGUAUAAAUAGGACAAACCGUAUGUACAUGCCAGAUUCAGUGUAGGUAGCAUAAAGAGUUUUUGCUACCUUCAUAGAAUGAGGUAAUUUUCAUGUGUGUGAACAUGAGACCCACCUAUAAGUCAAACCUCCUACCUGUAACAAAAUGUCCUCCUCUAUCUUUAUGGUAGAGAAGGAAACUUCAAUCUCUACUUUCUGGACUAUCGUGUUCUAGUAAUCAAGAUUAAUCCUAUAUAUGUGUAACAGGAUGCAUUUGGAGAAAAGUUUGAGUCACUACCUGUAGUCCAUGGCUUUAUGGUCCUAGAAUAUUUUGACCACUCAGUAUUUGGGAGGGUGUUAAGCUCUCAAACUGAAUGCUUGCAUGUUUUCCACCUGCUUGCUUUUCAAACCUAGAUAAUUAGCUGGGGCCCAAGUAACCAUAUUUCCAAAUGACUCCUUGUGAACACAGUCUUCUGUUUCCAGAAUCUCUGUACAGUUGCAUAGUCCCACAAGCUUUCUUCUCCAUGCUACAUACUGAAGAUUCUUAGUUGAUUUCUGUAUGACAGAAAACAAUAAAUCCUAUGUGUAACUUAAA